UUGAAUGUGGUGUGGAUGCUCAGUCAGUCCAGAUUUGUCACUUUGCGGAUGAGAUCAUCCUCAUGUCUGGAGCAGACCCGCAGCUUUGUGCGGGCGGGCGGACCACGCCCCGGCCCCGGCGUGCAUGUGCACCAGGCUGGGGUUAGCACAGAGCUGCUACAUCCGGGCGCUCUGCUCGGUUUACAAGCCCCUGCGAAGAUGGCGACUUCAGGGAGGAGUGCAUUAUUAUCCUCCACCUCAACUGGACCUAAGAGCACACUGGAGAACUCCAACCCAGAAGAGGAUGACGGGCAGAACUUGUGGUCGACCAUCCUGAGUGAAGUAUCAACCCAUUCAAGAUCGAAGCUACCGUCCGGGAAAAAUGUCCUGGUUAUGGGUGAAGUGGGAUCGGGGAAGACCACCUUGGUUGCUAAGCUACAGGGAGUUGAAGAGUAUAUGAAAGGGCGUGGUCUGGAGUACCUCUACUUCAGUGUCCAUGACGACGACAUUGAUGAUCAAACCAGGUGUAAUGCCUGGGUGUUAGACGGAGACCUUUACCACAAAGGUCUGCAAGGAGUAGCUGUACCAGUGGACGCAAUCAGCAACACGUUGCUGCUGAUAACGGUUGACAUGUCACGGCCAUGGAACGCUCUGGACUCUCUCCAGAAGUGGGCCGCCGUCGCUAGGGAACACAUCGACAAACUCCGGGUCCCUCCGGAAACACUGCGGGAGCUGGAGCACAGACUUGUAAAGCAGUUCCAGGAGUACACAGAGCCAGGCAGCGGGGAGGACGGGACCCCGCAGAGGAGGAGUGAAGAGGAGGAGAGCGUGCUGCUGCCAUUAGGAGAGAACACACUCACACACAACCUGGGCAUACCAGUGGUGGUUGUCUGUACCAAGUGUGAUGCCAUCAGCACAUUGGAGAAGGAGCACGACUACAGAGACGAACACCUGGACUUCAUCCAGUCCCACAUCAGACAUUUCUGCCUGCAGUAUGGGGCAUCGCUGGUUUACACAUCAGUGAAGGAGAUGAAGAACCUGGACGUGCUAUAUAAAUAUCUGGUCCACAGACUCUACGGCUUUCCGUUCCACUGCCCUGCACAAGUGGUGGAAAGAGACGCUGUCUUCAUUCCAUCAGGCUGGGACAAUGAGAAGAAGAUCGCUAUACUUCACGAGAACUUCCAAACAGUAAAAUCAGACGACAGCUUUGAGGACGUAGUCGUCAAACCGCCUGUCAGAAAGAUUGUACAUGAAAAGGAGAUUCAGGCUGAAGACGACCAAGUGUUUCUGGUAAAAUUGCAGUCACUGCUCGCCAAACAGCCCGCUGUGACAGCAGGACGACCGGUGGACACCACCAGCAGAGCACCCACCGGUUCCCCCAGGACGAGUAAUCGCUCUGCAGCGGCCAACGUAGCUAACGCAAUGCCACAGUCAGGUCAAACCAGUGAGGGUGUCUUGGCCAACUUCUUCAACAGUCUACUGACAAAGAAAGCGGGAACAGGAGGGCCCGGGACGCCGGGUGGUGGUAACAACACUCCAGGAACUGUACGCAAGUCAGGUUCGAAGCUGGGCCUGAGUGAUGUACAAGCGGAGCUGGACCGCAUAUCCAGCCGGGAGACUGACUCGGACUUGCCCAAUGCCCACGAGACCCCUGCCACCGACGGCCAGGACACAUGAAGACCAACACGCUUCACCCUGCUCUACUUCUCUCCUCCUCCACCUCAGUCACCCUCCACCUCUUUUGCCCUUCCUCCCUCUACGCUCGCUCUCUGCUCCAUCACAAAGAAGCAGGGGAACAAAGAGGGAAGCAGGGGAAAAGGAAAGGUGGACACAGUUUUUGCUCCCCGUCAUCUUUCACUGUCCUCAAAGAGAAGAACUCGCCCUCUCUUCCCCUGCUCCCUUUCCCACAAACUCAUUCCACCACUCCACCCUCACCCCACCCCCCUCUCCCUCUUUCUUCCCUUCCUGGCUGUUACACCGAGGGCGAGUAUUUGUCACUGUUACAUACAAGACUGUCUGUUACAUGAGAGUUAAUGGGUAUGGGGGACCAAUGUGGGUGUGAAGGUUGGGAUGAGAAGAAGUGAGAGGUAGGUUGAAAAAGGAUAAAUGGCAAGAAUGAAAGCGUGGAUGUUUUAUCCAUCCAUUUAUUGUGAUGGUACAGUUAGUGUUUUUACGGUAGGAACUGCUGAAGGGCGCAUGUUGAGGAAACUGCACUUAGACUAGGGGUGAUUGCGUGAUUGUGUGUUUAAUGUAUGUGAGGCAAGUCACGUUUGGACAGAGGAAGAGUUCGAGAACAAAACAAAAAAAUGCCUGAAACAAAAUUGCAAAGAGUCUUGUUUUUUAAGAUGAAGGGAUGAACAUACUAGUAUUUGUGUAUGUAUGUGUGUGUGUUUGUGAGAGAGAGAGAGUGUGUGUGUAUGUGCGUGAGUAUGAGAGAGUGAGAGCAAAGCAGAUAAGAGAAAAUGAAGGAUGUUAUUACAACCUAGACUUGUACGUCGAGAGAUUUUUGGCUGUUUGCAUUGUCAACCAAAAGGCAAAAAAAAACAUGACUAUGCUCUUACACUACAAGCUGUUUAAAUACAGUGCAUACACUAUUAUUACGGCAGCCAUGUCUGCUAGACUACUCAAACAAAACCUGACAAAAAAAAUAUACUACAGAAUCAAACUUCACAGUCAAGCACUAGUCCUGUGUAGGAGACACCUGAGGUCCAUCACAGCACCAAAUUCUACAAUUGGCCAAACUCCCUCACACGGCUCAAACCUGUAGAUAACAGACAGCGCACUGGAAAAGGGUGGGUGGGUAGCUGAGCUUUACUUGUACAGAAAGAAGCACUAGUGAUUCAGUUCCAUAGUUACUGCGGGCAGCGUGGUGGGUGGGAAAGGGAAGGGGGUGGGGGGGUCCGAGUAUGGGAGGGUCACAUCAAGAAUGUACAGUCAUUGUCUCGCUGAUUGGUCCUGUUAUUUCAGAGCUCUGUGUUGGCGUUUGUAUAAUCAGAUCUGUUAAUCAGUCAAAUAAAAGGUGUAUUUAUUCGGAUUCA